CUAUAUGGGUCCACGAUAUCGUAUAUCCCCGUAUAACUGUACCUCCCGAUAUCGGUAUUUUGAUGAUUUUUGCCAAUUUUUUAAAUGGAAUUGUCUGAAAUUAUACACGAAGAGUUCUCCAGCACCACGUCUUCGUAUAGCCCCUAUAUAAAGUUUUCAUUUAAGCGGCAUUUUUCGACGGAUUUUUUUUUUAAAUUUUUCAACUCCGAAUUGAGGAUGGUAAAAAAAGUUCGGCCCGGCCGAUCUUAGCUGCUUUUUUAACUUGUUUAAUAAUAAAUUCAACAAUAAUUUUAAUAAGGAAAAUAUACACCAUCGAAUGGCUGAGUCAAUUUUCAGGUCGAAUUCGAAUUUGUUUUAUCAUAUUGUUAUCCAGUGCAAUUUAAUUGUGAGCAUCGCAGGUCUGGCACCACAAAAUCGUGGGUUUGUAGAAUCUCUAUCAAAUUAAUCUUGUCCAGCCCAUCCAUGACCCUAUCAACGUGAUGGCUAACUUGUUAGAAACUGUUUGGUUCUUCAAACAUCUACUCAACCGCCAUCUUUGAAUGAGUCUCCUCUCAGUGAAAAUGUAAUUGAACAGUUUAAUUGUCUCAAUUUUCAUUUAGUUUUAUAGUUGUACACUUUUCUUCUCGUUCAUAUGCCUUCUUUGCAUUUAAUUGUUUUCUUUUAUUGCUACCAAUGCCAAUCAAUAAAAAGACCUCCAGUUAGACAUUGAAAUUGGGAAUCAUUAAUGUUACUAAUUACCUCCUAAUAUGUACUUACAGACAGACAUACUACCACUAAUGUUCCUAGAUUAAUAGUCACUUAUGCAACGUUUAAAUGUUUACCAUUUCUUAAGAUCUCCUUCCUCUUCGUCGACAACAUUUUCUCAGAGUAUGGGAAAUAACAUUAGCCGUGUUGCAACGCGCCAAGCUGCCAUUAAGAGCUAUACGGAAAGGGAUCGUCUCACUCUAUCGGAUCAUUCAUCGGUCGAUUAUACCAAUCGGAGACAUGUAACGCUGCUUCUGAAUAGCCCAUCAUCGGAAAUUCUGAAUAGUAUUGCAAAUUCUGCAACCAGUAACUCGCUCAAUUACCAGCACCAGCAGCAGAACAUUUCCGAUCGACAGGCCGAUAGUCUAAGGAGUAGUAACAAUGACAAUGAGAAUUUGGCAGCGGCCAACACAAAUGGUACUAAUCCAAAUCAAAAUCAAAAGUGGAAGAGUGUCCGAGCAGUUAUGGCCUAUUAUUGUUCGUUGCGACGCAUUAAGAGGAACGGUCCACUUUAAAAUAACAUAAAUCUUUGUUUUUGUAUCUAAUCUACUACUACUACUACAACUACUCACCUUAAUAAUCGUAUCUAUCCAACAUUAAAUAUAACUUAGUUCUUCAUAACGAAAACUCAUGAUUCUUCCAUUAAACACACAUACAAACGUAUACACAUACAUGCAUAUAUUUGUUAGGAUACGUGCAUGUGUGUGUGUAAUAAAAACUAGACACUUGACAUCCUACCAACAUGCAUACAUCUACACAUGAUCCUUAACCACCACACCCCCUUCUGUAGUACAUAUAAAUAUAUUCAAUGGUACAUAUAUUUUUAUACUUUCUACUUGGUGUAAGGAAUGCCGUCCUACUAAUCUAACUCUUUCACUUCUAAAUCAUUCAAUUGUGCUGGGCAUACUUCAAUUAGAGCGAUAGUGUGCGAUGUGAAGAAACCUUCAGUUGCUACAUGAUCACGAAAUAUUUCAGGCCGGUUAUUUUUAUGGGUCUUGUCAUUGAUCUGAGCUAUAUUUGUGAGGAGAGUUUUUCGGAAAUUAUCUCAACUGAUAUUUUUUUUCGAAUGCGUUUCAUACAAAUCGGCUCAUUUUACGUGUCGUUUAAAUAGACAAAUUGCCUUCAAUCAGUGGUGGUUUUCACAACCGCGUACAUAAAUUUUGAAAAUGACAUUACGUUUAAAAAUAUUUGAUGGAGAGGUAAAUAAAUAUAACUAUAAAAUGUCAUUCAUCUACGGUGGUUCAGAAUACAUU